UGUUCCAGCCCUUUUUGUACAUCCUGGGUCUGUGUAGCAAACUGGAGAACAGGAGGCAGGAAGAGGCAGAUGGAAGAGACAGGGUAGGGGCUCUCCUGUCCACACAGAUUCUUGAGCAGAGCAGGGCAGGGUCCCUCUCAUUGACAAUGAUCAUGCCAGAUAUGAUAAGAGGCACCUAUUGUGGUCACCUAUGGACUCAUAUGCUUGAGCACUUGGUUCCCAGCUGUUGGAAUAGUUUAGGGAAAUUACAGAACCUUUAGGUGGAGCCUCACUGGAAGACAGUGUGUCACCAUGGGUCACUGAGGAUUUGUCUUGAGCCUAACUUGACUUCUAUUCAGUCCUGAUCCUGGAUAUAAUAUGACCAUCUCCCUCCUGUCCCUCCUGCUCCUUCUACCUUGCUUUCUCUCCCCACUCCCCACCCCCGCCUGCUGCCAUGCCUCCCCUGUCCACUGCCAGGCCUUCUCUGCUUGCUGCCAUGCCUCCUUUGCCCGCUGCCACGCCUCCUCUGCCCGCUGCCAUGCCUUCCCUACCCACUGCCAUGCCUCCUCUGCCCGCUGCCACGCCUUCCCUGCCUGCUGCCACGCCUCCUUUGUCUGCUGCCACGCCUUCCCUGCCCUGCCCACUGCCAUGCCUUCUCUGCCUGCUGCCACGCCUUUCCUGCCCACUGCCACGCCUCCUUUGUCUGCUGCCGCGCCUUCCCUGCCCUGCCCACUGCCACGCCUUCUCUGCCUGCUGCCACGCCUUUCCUGCCCACUGCCACGCCUUCCUUGCCUGCUGCCACGCCUCCUUUGUCUGCUGCCACGCCUACUCUGCCCGCUGCCACGCCUUCCUUGCCCGCUGCCACUCCUCUGCCCACUGCCACGCCUUCCCUGCCCUGCCCACUGCCACACCUUCUCUGCCUGCUGCCACGCCUUUCCUGCCCACUGCCACGCCUUCCUUGCCUGCUGCCAUGCCUCCUUUGUCUGCUGCCACGCCUACUCUGCCCGCUGCCACGCCUUCCCUGCCCGCUGCCACUCCUCUGCCCACUGCCACGCCUUCCCUGCCCACUGCCACGCCUUCCCUGGCCACUGCCACACCUCCUUUGUCAGCUGCCAUGCCUUCCCUGCCCGCUGCCAGGCCUCCUCCACCUGCUGCCUUGCCUCUUCCACCAUGAUGUGCUAGAAUUGUAAACUAGAACAAACUCUUUUUUCUCCAAGUUUCUCCCAUCAGGAUAUUUUGUCAGAGUAGUGAGAAAGUAACUAAGACAGCACCCCCCUCAGCCAGGUGUGGCAGUUCCAGUGUUACCCGGUGGUGUUCAUCUUCCUCCGAUUUCCGGUACCUUGAAUUCUGCUCUAUUUUGAAGUAAAAGUUCAAAGAAAACCAUGGUGCCCACUUCAUUCAUAAGAUCUCCAGGCAUGAUGACUUUAAUCCCAGCAAUCUGGAGGCCAAAGUAGAUCGCUGUGAGUUCAAAGCCAGCCAGGUCUACAAAGCAAGUACAACACAACCAGGGCUUUUACACAGGCAAACCCCGUCUCCGAAAACAAAAACGAAAACAAACAACUCCCCCAAAACAAACAAACAAAAAGACCUCAACCUCAAAAAACUAAGACCUUCUUGUCCUUGUCCAUUUCCCUAAUACUCAUUCUGACUGUAGGAGAUAGAGAAAUUCUAAAUCCUGUUGUAUCCCUGGCAGUGCCUCCUCGUGCCCAAGACCUUUGUGGUGGGCAUUUUCUUUCUUAGGUGGGGCUCUAUUUUUUCCAAUAUAAUUAUAGAAAAAAAAUUAGAAAAGUAGAUAAGGCUUACAGAAGAAUUUGUGCCAGUGGGCAAUAAAGUCAGAAGCUCAGGGUCCACAGCUUUUGUUGGCCAGAGAUGCUUUUCCUCAGAGUUCACUCCACACCCCUUUCUUUCACGAACAGCCCUGUCCCGGAAAUUAGUAUCAGUGAUCCAUGAAGCUAUCAAUGUCCCAGUGCAAUUCUGUGUGUGGAUUUUUUUUUUUUUAAGUUGUUAUAUUUUUCCUUUUUACCGGGGCAUAGGUUUUGAACUACAGAAGGACUUAUAAGGGUGGUUGGUAAUGCUUGGUCUAAAAGGCAUUGGCGGCCAUAGGGGCGCCUCGGGCACCCUCUCGGGCUAGGAGUGCUCCCCGCUGGCUUGGGGCUUAGCUAGGACUGGCUGCUGAACUUGGAGGGUGUCUUAGUAGACUGGAGACUGUUCCUGGACUGUCCUUUGCUGAGUAAAUGUG